UGAUCUCUCUCUCUCUCUUUCUCUCUCUAGAAAUCAAAUCUCUUCUCUGUUCAUUUGCAGCUCCGUUCCGUCGCAUCAGAGUUCAUAUUUUCUUGCUUGCGUUCUUCGUCUUCCUCGUCGGCUAGGGUUAGGGUUUUUUUGUUGAUUUUGGAAUUCGAUGGGGCAACAGUUGCUGAUCUACAGUUUCGUGGCUCGAGGCACGGUGAUUUUGGCGGAGUACACGGAGUUCACCGGAAACUUCACCAGUAUAGCGGCGCAGUGUCUUCAGAAGCUUCCUUCCUCCAACAACAAGUUCACCUACAACUGCGACGGUCACACCUUCAAUUACCUCGUCGAUGACGGCUUCACUUACUGUGUUGUCGCGGUUGAGUCUAUUGGUCGGCAGCUUCCAAUUGCGUUUCUUGAGCGAGUGAAGGAAGAGUUUACCAAAAGAUAUGGUGGGGGGAAAGCUUCUACCGCCACUGCAAACAGUCUGAACAAGGAAUUUGGGUCUAAGUUGAAGGAGCAGAUGCAGUACUGUGUGGAUCAUCCGGAAGAGAUCAACAAGUUGGCUAAAGUCAAAGCUCAGGUUUCAGAGGUGAAAGGGGUUAUGAUGGAGAACAUUGAGAAGGUCCUUGAUCGUGGAGAGAAGAUCGAGAUUCUGGUGGACAAAACAGAAAACCUCCGAUCUCAGGCACAAGAUUUCAGGCAGCAGGGUACGAAGCUGAGGAGGAACAUGUGGCUUCAGAACAUGAAGAUAAAGCUAAUAGUUCUCGGCAUCCUCAUCGCCUUGAUUCUCAUCAUCGUUCUAUCCGUUUGCGGAGGCUUCAAAUGCUGAAACCAAAAUCUCAUCUUUUCAACCAUAUCCUCCGAAUCAUAUCUCGAUUCUUUUUUUUUUGUUGGUGCAAAUGGAUAGAGCUUCCAAGAGUAAUCUCCUCCAUAGUCUUUACUCUGGUAAUCUCUAUGAUGCUUGCAUUAUGAUGACUUAGAACUCGAAAUUUAAAUAUCUUUGUCCCCCCUUAUAUAUAUAUGAAAUAUAAGUGUUUCCAUU